CUUGCAGAUAUGGAUUACACUUUUUGACUCUAUGAACCCUCGUGCUGUAUGUCGACGCCCUCGCCUCCUCGAACAUGUCGUAGCUCUAGGUAGUAGCCUGCUAGAAGAGAGGAUUCUUGGUGGGUUUGCACCCGCUCCUUAUUGUGCAUUCAACAUACCAGGUGGUGAUUUGCCGCCGUCGUGGUUGGUGCACACCUUGGUGAUGUGCUCCCUGGAAGCGCGGAAGAAGUCGUAUCGUCGGUACGUAUCGGUCAAAUUGCAAAAAGUCCGCCGCGGCUUUUCAAGCAAAUCCCUUGACAAGACUUUUUAUCUGCCAACAACUCCAUAGAAAUGGCUCUCCAACACGGCAAUCCCGCGGACCUUCUUCCCGUCCACUGGAAAUCGCAGAUCGCUGCCUGGUAUGCGGAAGAUACCCCCUCGUUCGACUAUGGAGGGUUCGUAGUCGGUGAUAGCGAACGAACUGCUACGCUCUUCGGGAAAUCGAAGGGAGUCCUCGCGGGAGUGCCGUUCUUCGACGAAAUCUUCGCACAAGCUGGCUGCACGGUCAAGUGGCACCUGAAAGAAGGGGCCGUCGUCGAUCCGGGGCCUGCGGGAAAGAUUGCUGUCGCGACAGUGACAGGACCCGUGCGGAAAUUGUUGCUCGGAGAGCGAGUGGCCUUGAACACCUUGGCCAGAUGUUCUGGCGUCGCGACUAAAUCGAGAGCAAUGGCAGAGCUGCUCAGGGAAGCGGGAUACACAGGUAUUCUCGCGGGCACAAGGAAGACUACACCGGGGUUCCGGCUGGUUGAGAAGUAUGGGAUGAUUGUUGGCGGGGUGGAUGGACAUCGUCACGAUCUUUCGAGCUUGACGAUGUUGAAGGACAACCAUAUCUGGGCGCGGGGGAGCAUCACAGAGGCGGUCAAGGCUGCAAAGGCUGCAGGCGGGUUCGCACUUAAGGUUGAGGUCGAAGUUGAUAGUGAAGCUGGUGCGGAUGAGGCCAUCGCCGCGGGAGCGGAUAUCAUCAUGUUAGAUAACUUCUCCAGCGACGGCUUGAAGAUUGCAGCCAAGAGCAUCAAGCAGAGGUGGGCUGGCAAAAAGGAAUUCCUGCUGGAAUGCAGCGGAGGCCUGACCCCAGACAACGUGGGCACGUAUAUCAAUAACGAUAUCGAUAUUAUCUCUACAAGUUCGAUCCACCAAGGAGUACCGCAUGUAGACUUUUCUCUAAAGAUCGACCAUUGAACCAUUCAAUCAACCUAUCAAUGUUCAAGAUCCGUCUGAGCGUGGAUGCUUUCGUGAGCCUGACUUCGACCUCUACAACAUACCUUAGGCAGUGAUCAGAGAUCGUGAACCUCUCAUACCCUUAUCCUGCAGACUUAUACGGUAGGGCUCC